AUCUACCGAAAAUUACACAAAAGAGAAGGUAAACGAGGAAUUGCAGAGGUUCCUUCCUUCCCGGUUCUCUCCGAUGGCCAUUUCCGCCGUGACGACUCAUCGCCCCUCCCUCUUUCGCUUCCCGAAUAUCUCCCCGUCCACCUCCUUGCGAAAAAAUUCAAUCUCCUUUCGAUUCGUGAGGUCCAAUAUCAGCCUCCGGAGACCGAUCUCCAUUCAGGCAACUUCAUUUCCAGCGGCGCCGACAUCCGAGGGCCUGGCGCCUGCGAUUUCGCUAACUGAUGGUGCUCUGAAGCACUUGAAUAAGAUGAGAGCUGAGAAGAAUGAGGAUUUGUGCUUGAGGAUCGGUGUUAAGCAGGGUGGAUGUUCGGGGAUGUCGUACACGAUGGAGUUUGAGAAUAGAUCGAACACUAGACCAGAUGACUCCAUGAUUGAAUAUAACGGUUUUACGAUCGUUUGUGAUCCAAAGAGCCUACUCUUCUUAUUUGGAAUGCAGCUAGACUACAGUGAUGCUCUUAUUGGUGGCGGAUUCUCCUUUAAGAACCCAAAUGCCACACAAACUUGUGGUUGCGGUAAAUCCUUUGCUGCAGAGAUGUGAAAUUAUGUGUACAAAGACAGGUGAACAGAUAGUAGAUAAUAACCAUGAUUCCUCAAAUGUAGUAUGACACGUCCGUUAAUGAAAUCUUUCAGUGACUUGAUACUUGGACUGCCAUUUUGCUUCUUUUUAUGUUGUGAAGAAUAUACAUCCUGCCUAUAAACUUAUUUAUCUAAAUGAAUCCUCCUGGAACGC